AACUUUAGUUUACUCAAAAUUGACAGCCAAACUGACCUGAAAAAGAAAAGGCAAAAUCCAUGUGUAUAAAUUCUGAGUGCUAGUGUAACAUGGUUGUGGCAGUGAAGAUGGUAGGACCAGUGAGGCCUCAAAUUGUGCUAUUUGGUUCUUCCAUAGUUCAAUUGAGUUACAAUAAUGAAGGUUGGGGAGCUAUUCUUGCCAACUUGUAUGCUCGCAAGGCAGAUAUAAUAAUGAGAGGAUACUCUGGUUGGAAUUCAAGGCGUGCUCUGCAGGUUCUCGACAAAAUAUUCCCCAAGGAUGCUGUUGUGCAACCAUCAUUGGUAAUUGUGUAUUUCGGCGGCAAUGAUUCUAUUCAUCCACAUCCAUCUGGACUUGGUCCUCAUGUGCCCCUAGAAGAAUACACUGAAAAUAUGAGGAAGAUUGCUACCCAUCUUAAGAGCCUUUCAAAGAAGACUCGUGUAAUAUUUCUCACUUCUCCUCCCAUCAAUGAGGCACAGAUCAGCGAAACGCUCAGUAAUGUGCUGGGGAAAAUAAGAAGAACAAAUGAAUCCUGUAGAAUAUAUUCAGAAGCGUGUUUAGAGCUGUGCCGCGAGAUGAAUGUCAAGGCCAUUGAUCUCUGGUCUGCACUUCAGCAAAGGGAUGAUUGGUUAGAUGUUUGCUUCACGGAUGGAAUUCACCUUUCAUCUGAAGGGAGCAAGAUUGUGGUGAAAGAGAUAUUGAAGGUUCUCAAAGAAGCAGACUGGGAACCUAGUCUGCACUGGAAAUCAAUGCCAACUGAGUUUGAAGAAGAUUCACCAUAUGAUCCAAUUGCUGUGGAUGGAAAGACUACUGUAAAUGUUUCUAACUGGAGCUUCCAGGGAAAUUUUCAAACGGACUAGAGUCUUGUGCAUCAAUCUGAGUUCUGUAAGAUUGAGAAUAGUAUUGUGGAGAUUGAGGUUAUAGUAACUCUGGUUUUAAACUUAGAAAUUCUCAAACUUAAGUAUGACCCAGCAAUGAGAGUUGCUUUCUGUUUAAUUAUCUUGGAAUGUGUAUCAAAAUAUGCUUCAAAAUUUGUGAUAUAUACAUAUUUAUCUUCGUAAUUUUUUAAUAGAUAAUCAUAACUAUAUGUUGUAAA